UCACAAGACGCUGAUGAAUAAAUGACGUGGAUUUUCAUUGUAGCCACUGACUCACUAUCUUCGCAUGACAGAUUUGGCAGUGAUUGAAUUGCGUCGUUCGACCACGUUAUAGCAACUGUGUUUAAAUUAGAUAUUCAUUUAGUGUUUGUUAGUAGAAAGAUAAGACGCGUUAGAAGCUUUGGAAAACAGCUGCCAAUUAUCUUUGAAAUAGCCCCCAUUCAAGUCUCAGGAUGAGUAAAAGCAAGGUGUUGAAUCUUAAGGACAAAAUCGAUGGCAAUGAAAUGGAUCUGAGUCUCUGUAACCUCACUGAAGUUCCUGUUAAAGAACUGGCUGCCUUCCCUAAAGUUACAGUCCUGGAUCUGUCCUGCAACAACAUAAGUUCUCUGCCUUUGGAGUUCUGCAGCCUGAGUCACCUGAUCAAGGUGGACCUGAGUAAGAACCAGCUGACUGUUCUACCGGAUGACCUGGGUCGCCUUAGCAACCUGCAACAGCUGGACCUGUACAACAACAAGCUAACCAUUCUGCCUGUCAGCUUCUCACAGCUGAAGAAUCUGAAGUGGCUGGAUCUAAAGGACAACCCUCUGGAAAUCAACCUGGCCAAAGCUGCAGGAGACUGUCUGGAUGAAAAACAAUGUAAACAGUGUGCUGUGAGGGUUCUCCAGCACAUGAGGAUCCUUCAGGACGAGGUGGACAAGGAGAGGGAGCGGCGCCUUCAAAAGGAGAAAGAACUGGAGAAGAAGAAAGAGGCAAAGCAGAGAGAGAGAGAAGCCAAGGAGAGAGAGGCUCGUAAACGAGAGAAGGCUGAGGAAAAGGAAAGAAAGAGGAAGGAAUACAAUGCUCACAUUGCUGCCAUGGCUGUCCAGGAACAGAAGAAUAAGAGAAAGGAGGAGAAGAGGAGGAGGACUGGGCAGGCAGUAGCAGAUAAGAAAGCAGCAGUUGAAUCCGCCCCCAAGGCCCAGAGACACACUCUCAUUGGCCUGCUUUUCAAGCUCCUCCUCCUGUUGCUGUUGGGAUUGGCUGGUGUUGUCGGUGUGUGUCAGCUGACAGGGCUAAACGACGAGGCAAUGUGUGUACCAGUCAACAGUGCCGUGGGGGAUGGCCUAUCCUGGGUCCGGGAACAGAAAGUCGAUCUAAAGGUCAGAGAGCUGGUACAGGAAGUAGAUAUCAGAGCCAGAGAACUGCUGCAGAAACUUUCUUCUCUGGCACCACAACUCCUCAAACCCCUCGUACCCACGGCAACAGUGACAGAACCUGUGGAAACAGUAGAAAACUGAAGAAAAAUUAACAAGGAAAAAGAUGGACGACCUGCUUAAAUUCCUAUGGAAUUGUCCUGUCAUCGCUCCAGGGUUCCUCUUUGUAUGCACUCUGUUUUUAAUCACUGGCUGUCUACAUGUCAAGCCACUUGCACCCUAAGCCCUAUACUAUUUGAUUUGAGUGCAAGGUAAUGCACUAUUAAAAAGAGAAUAGGGUGUGAUUGGGGCCUCUAACUCUUGCUCACUCCCAAGUUAACCGCAAAGCUCUGGGCUUUGUAGAUCUGAAAGGACCAAUAUUGUGAACAAACUAAUACUAAGCUAAUACAGAGCAGGCAAAAGGCAGUUUUAGAAUGGCAAAUGCCAUUAUAGAUUCACACUUUUUAAUAGUCAACCGACUUCAGUGGCUGAUACCUUGGGAUGACUUGUUGGGAGCAAUUUCAUCAGGAUGGAUCAACCAAUCAGGAAGAAAACAAUUGACUUCUUAAAAAUGGAGAUUGCUUUGAUGCUGCCCAUAUGUUCAGACACCAUGAUGAGAACUGUAUAGGAAUACUUUCAUACUUAUAAUACUUUAUUCUACAUUCUGCUUUCAUCUGUUUAUUCCUUACAGACCUGCAAAAGAGCAAAGCAGGGUUAAUUUAGGAUUUGGCAUUAAUGACAGCCCCCUUCUGCGCUGCAUUGAUGUCUUAAAGUUCAACUGCUAAUAAGUGAGAUAUUGGCCAGUAUUUGAGCCAAUCAGAUCAUAUUAUUAAUGGUAUGCAUCUAUGGUUGGUUUAGGCAGUCUGAGCAUGUUCGCUGAGGCUGUAAUGCUCCCCUCUUCCAUCUGUCAAGGCAAGUUGGCUGCACUCUUUGUUGUAAUGCUUUGCCACCAUUCAAGGACUGUCAGCAUAAAUAAAUGCAUAUAAGCUGAA